AUGAGCAGAGCACUCCUUCGCUCCGUGCUGGAGCUUAGGGCCCCGAGCUCUCGCCUCGCCCCUCUAUUCGCACAGCCAAUCCGUCACAUGCUGCCUCGAAGCUUCAACACCACUGCGCCAAUCGUCGAGCCCGUUGCCCAGCCGCACGUCAACAAUGCCCCAAAUCCUACCGAAGACCAAGUCCGUCCCUUGGCCUUCAAGAAGAGCCACCCCGCCGAGCCUCCCAAGCCAAUUGACGACUCUGUCAAGACUCUUCUGCCCCUCCUCGCCGCUCAGCCAGGCCACUACAUCACUGUCCACAUCCAUGGCUUCCCCUACCUUGUCCAAGAGGGCGACCAGAUUCGCCUGCCGUUCAAGAUGCCCGGCGUCGUUCCUGGGGAUGUCCUCCGCCUGAACCGGGCCAGUGUCAUCGGCAGCAGAGAUUAUACCAUGAAGGGUGCACCCCACAUCGACGAGAGGGCGUUUGAGUGCCGUGCUACGGUCUUGGGUACAGAGUCAGAGCCGCUGCGAAUCAAGGUCAAGACGAAGAGGAGGCAGAGGAGAAAGCGCCAGGCCAAGAGCAAACAUCGAUAUACCAUCCUGCGGAUCUCAGAGCUGAACAUUAAGAAUGUGGAAGAGGUUGAAGACGCUUCAUCAUGA